AAUUACCAGUAGUAUGACCAUGACCAUGACUUUAACUACGACUUUAAACUAUGACUAUGACCAUGACUAUGACUAUGACUAUGACUAUAUGACUUUGACAAUAAUAUUAUUAUUAUUACCAUCAAGUACUCCUCCUCCUACUAAUCCCGCUGCAUGUCUUCCCCCCCAAGCACGGUCUCCCACUAGCUCCAUCAGGCCUUCCUUCCUGCCUGGUUCAUUGCAGCAACGCCAACCACUCCUCCUCCUCCUCCUCCUCUUCUUCUCCUCUUCUCCACGGCGGCUCUUCUGGUAAAUAUAGCUUCUGAGGGCUGCCCGUUUUCUUCCUUCUCCCGUGGAAUUAUAUUUCCUCUUCCCCCUCUCCUCCUCCCCCCCCCCCCCCCCCC